CCACAGAGAGAGAGAGAGAGUAUGUGUGUGUAUGUCCAGGACAGUCUGUCCCCAGACUGAAGCUGCAGAACUUUCAGACCUUUGUGCUCAGUUGAUGCAAGAAAUCUGGAGAUGGAGGUGGUCUUCGAAGUCUGACAUUUCAGAGGGCUGUAUGUCAGAAGGAGGAAGUGAGAUCCUGCUAGCACACACAGUCAAAUGCCAUGGCUGUGCCAAGUGCCAAGUUGUUCCAUUGGCAGUCCCUGGCAUCCUUACCUGUCAGUCGGGUGUACUGCACUCCUGUGGAGAGUGGGGACCAGCUUUAUGUCAUUGGAGGCUGCGAUGAUGAUGGAAACCCCAUCAGUAACUGUGAGGUUUACCACCCAGAGGUCAAUCAGUGGACCACCCUCCCUCCCAUGCCCACAGCGAGAGCGGGUGUAGCUGUGGCUGCUCUGGGCAAACAGAUAUUGGUGAUUGGGGGAGUUGGAAUUCAUCAGAACGCCCUGUCGACAGUGGAGAUGUACAAUGUGGACGAAGGCAAGUGGGAGCAGAAGAGUUCCUUGUGUGAAGCUGCCAUGGGAGUGUCAGUGACUGUGAAAGACUGUCGGGUCUAUGCAGUGGGUGGAAUGGGAUCAGACAUGUGUCCACAAGCUAAUCUCCAGCAAUACGAUAUUGUGAAGGAUGUCUGGCUCUCUCUUCCUGCCAUGCCUACCCCGAGAUACGCAGCCAGCGCCUUCCUUCGAGGUAGCAAGAUCCACGUAUUUGGUGGGAGACAAGCGAAGAAUCCGGUCACUGCCUUCGAAGCCUACGACAUCGAGGCCAAGUCAUGGAGCAGGUUCCCCAGCAUUCCCGGCCGGCGAGCCUUCUCAAGCUGUGUGAUGACGGAGAAGAAUUUCUUUAGUCUCGGAGGCCUACAGCAAGCUCGAGGCUACAAGAGACCCAAGUUUGUCAGGACGGUGGAGGUGUUUGACAUUGAGCAGGGAGGUUGGAUGAAAACAGGGCGUCACUUAAACAUGAGGAAGAAGAGAGCAGACUUUGUGGCUGCGUGCCUCCAGGGCAGGGUGAUCGUGGCUGGAGGUCUGGGAGACCAGCCAGCAGUCCUGAGCUCAGCCGAGGCCCUGCACCCGACUAAGAACAGGUGGGAACGAUUGCCACCCAUGCCCACUGCCCGCUGCACCUGCUCUAGCAUCAUCUUCAAGAACCGCCUGUUAGUCAUUGGCGGAGUGUCGCAUGGACCUAGUGACGCUGUGGAAGCUCUCUACCUGAAGGACUCAUAGACAUUUGAAACCUGAAGGAAAGCUCAGCUGGAGGCCUCUUGCUUCAUGGUUUAAUUAUCUUUUGCUUCUGGCUGUUGAACCUGAAGGCUAUUGCGUUCUCUGGUCAAACCCAAUGAGGUGUCGGGAUUGAGGAAGGAUUUAAAUCUCCUCCUUGCUUCCUCUCGGUAUGUGGCAGACAAGUAUCUCCAACUCUUGUCAUUUUCCUUCUGUAAGUCGUUCAGAGCAUUUUAACAGGGCCUGUGAUCCACCUUCUCAAAGUCCCUUCUGUGUGGAAUGUGAGGCUGCCACAGGAAGUCCUAUCCCAUCCACGUCUUCCUCCACAGCGAUCUGGUUCCAGCGCUCAGGGACAUGUAUCCCGGAGUGUUUCACCUUUCAUUUCCGAGUCCGAGCCACUGAUCUGCUGGUUGUCCCGGUGACGGAGCAUGUCUGUGUUUGAGGGGCUUGUCUGAAAAGUUGAAUUGCCAGUGUUGGUCACUCACACAGGCACAGGGGCAUGAAGGUUCGUUAGCUGACUCAGUGAAGCAGUCAGGAGACAUUUGGUCGAUCUCUUCACCUUGAUUCUACACCUUGACUGGGAACCUUGGCCUUGCCUCUGACAAACUGCUUAGCAACCCUGAAAAGAAAGCUAUGACUAAUUGAGACAGAGCCCCUGAGCACAAGCUCAGUUCAGAUGGACGUUUUCGAUCAGCUUUCUCUCCACACAUACUGCCAGACCUGAGUUUUCUCCAGCAAUUCCUGUUUCUGUUUCAGAUUUCCAGCAUCUGCAGAUCUUUGGGAUUUGCUUUUGUUAUCUUCUGGACAAUUCUGGAUGUUGAAAAGCUGUUGGGUCAUUAAUCAACAGGAAAUUCCUUGAGUACCACCAGUAUAUGCAGACCUUGAUUGACUUUGGAAAUAGACACAUAGUGGGAGUGAAUUCCAAUUGGCAUCUUCUGGCUCUUGCCGAGAGCACUGCUGCACUACAGUACCCAUGGUAAAGGGCACAUUGGUUUGGGGUGCAAGGCAGUGAGACUAUUAACCAACAAAGUCAGUGGCUUGGAUGCCCCAGUUAACAAAUAUUGUAGGAAACUGUGAUGUGGCUGAUUGGUCCCUCAUACUGCAAUAGCAUGGGUGUGAUUAUAAUGUUAAUUGUAUUUAGUAUAGCUGCACUGUUCUCUGCAUUGUGACUGUGGAUGAUGUAAUUAGCAAAGUUGCCACACAUAUACGAUGGCACAGUGGUUAGCAUUGUUGCCUCACAGCGUCAGAGACCUGGGUUCAAUUCCCGCCUCAGGUGACUCUCUGUGUGGAGUUUGCACAUUCUCCCUGUAUCUGCGUGGGUUUCCUCCGGGUGUUCCAGUUUCCUCCCACAAUCCAAAAAUGUGCAGGUUAGGUGCAUUGGCCAUGCUAAAUUGCCCAUAGUGUUAGGUGAAGGGGUAAA